GCAGACAAAGCCAUGCAUGAAGCCCUCACCCGCUUCCGCAGGCGCAUGCUUACCGCCACCCGCGCCUUCAUUCAAUCCCGCAUCGCCGAGGUGGAAGCCCGCGACCCGACCGCCCCCGACAAAAAGAAGAUCCAGCGGAUGGCGGAGUGGCGGCACUGCGACUGGAAUCCGGAGCCAGACCGCUGGGACGAGGGCAAGCCCUACCUCCAGAUGGUGGAUGACGACGCCGUGCCCGGCCGGCGCAUGGAUGGGAUCUACCCGACCCAGCUGCGCACCGAGACCGCGCGACAGAUCUACCUGGAUAUGCUGCAGGGGGUGUUCCAGCGGCAGGCGGAGGCGCGGGCGGCCACAGAAGGGGGAGAGCAUCCCGGGGUGAUCCCGCGGUGUGAGGAGCUGGGCCGGUUCCUGCGUCACGCACACGAGGUUCGGGAUCCGGAUUUGCGGCAGUCCGGGGUGGCGGGGUUUGCGGCUGGGCUGUAUAUCCAUUUUGAGGACGAGGAGCUGGAGGGGAUUGGGGAGGAACGUGAGGACCGGUAUCAUGAGUGUGUGCGCACCAAGUGCGAGGAUCUGCGGGAGUCGCUGGAACAGCCCAACGACUAUGGUUCGUCCUUAUUUGGUCGGGCGACGAUUGUGGCCGAUGUUGAUGACGAUCUGGAGGUCAAGGCGGGGGUACUUGUUGGACAAGAAGGGUAUCGGGGGCAAUGGCCCGAGUGGUAUAGUGCUUAUCUUUACUGUCGCAAAUAUUUGGAUGAUGACGACGACGAGGAGGGGACCGGGAAAAAUCAGGAGGAGAACACGAAGCCGAAGUGGAAUGGGGAUGUCCCGGAUUCGCUCAAUAUUCACGAGUGGGGAUGGCGGAUUGUUUUCAUGGAGGUGGACUACUGCGACCCCUGGGAGCCGCAAACGCUGUACGGGCGCAGGCCGCGCUUCGACUCCAUCCCCGAAUUCCUGGACUGGUACAGUAGCUGGCCGGACCAUUUGACCGAGCGACAGUUGCUGAGUUAUCGCCGGCACGCGCGAGGAUGCGACGGCUGUCAGACCGAUUGCGAGUCAGAGUGUGAGGAUUGCUGUUGA